AUGCGGUUCGAAUUUGCAAUUCUCUUUGCUGCGAUUGGUGGCACCACCGCGCAAAAAGUUGUUGGCAAGGCUUACGGUUUUGGCGCUGGGGCCACAGGAGGAGGUUCCGCGGCGGCUGUCAAGCCAAAGGAUGCAGCUGAGCUUAAAAAACUUCUCGCUGACGAUGUUGCACGUACCAUUGUUCUCGACAAGACGUUCGACUUCACAGGCAGUGCUGCAUCUGGUGUUGGCUGCGAUCGGAAGUCUUGCAGUAGCACUUCCGGUGGCCAACUCUACCUCGGCGAUCUUUCCUGCGGAGGCUCUGACAAUGUUGCAAAGACGGUCAAGUACAACUCUGGAGGUACAUCACCUUUGGUUGUUGGCAGCAACAAGAGCAUCCUCGGGGUUGGUGGCAAGGGAAUCAUCAAGGGUACCGGACUGCAGGUCAAGGCUAAUGCGAAGAACGUCAUCGUACAAGGCAUUGAGCUUACUACUAUCAACCCUGGUGUGGUAUGGGGAGGCGAUGCUCUUGAUCUGAAGGGCGGCAACUCUCAGAUUUGGAUCGACCACUGCAAGUUCAGCAAAGUCGGACGCAUGUUUGUUGUCAGUCACUACAACGGCGCGUCUGUCACACUUUCUAACAACGUCUUCGAUGGUGUUACAUCCACCUCCGCUUCCUGUAACAAGAACCAUUACUGGGGACUCAUGUUCAUCGGAAAGAACGAGAAGGCAACGCUCGACAAGAACUACUUUCACGACCAGUCAGGGCGCGCUCCGAAGUUGGGUCAGAACGGCGUCAGUGGAACCUUCCACGCUAUCAACAACUACUUUGAAAACAUGAAGGGUCACGCUUUCGACGCUUAUACUGGGGCCAACGCACUAAUUGAAGGCAAUGCUUUCAAGGCUGUUAGUCAGCCGUCCACAGAUUCUGCUGCGAAAGUAGCCACAUUUAUUACCAACGCCACCAGCGGCUGCAAGAACACCCUUGGCCGUGUGUGCAUUGCCAACAGCAUUGACUCUACUAGCGGUAAGCUGGGGUCUGGAUCUAACUCUGGCUUUGUCUCGACGAUUAAGAGCGUUGAUGUUCCCACGAAGUUAAGCGCGGAUAAGGUUGCAGCUCACGUUAAAGCUAACGCUGGUCCUGCCAAGCUUACUACAUCGUCCAAGUUCCGCCGCGAAAUGCGCAUCUAG